UUCACCAACUCUAUUAUAUCCAUGACAUCAUUUAGAUUCCACAGCAAUCUCUUACUCCUUAUUCUGUGUUCGUCGUUUUGUCUGAGAACCAUUGCAGCCACUGCAGAUUAUAGUACUAAACACAAGGCCAGACAAGAUUGGAUAAACCAUGGUGGAGACUUGCACAACAGAAGAUAUGCCAACAAAGAGGUCAAGAUAAGCCCUGAAACAGUCUCAAAUCUACGCUUGAAAUGGGAAUUUUACGCAGGAGGAGACAUAAGUGUGACACCGGCAAUUUAUAAUGGCACCCUUUACUUCCCAAGCUGGAAUGGAUAUCUCUAUGCUGUUAAAGACUUUGAUGGAACCCUUGUUUGGAAAAAGAACUUGGAAAAGUUGACUGGCUUUAAUAACACUGGUUUCAUUCUGAAUGUCAACUCUACUGUGUCAAGGUCCACUCCCACUAUAGCUGGAAACCUGCUCAUUGUUGGGAUCUAUGGUCCUGCUGUUGUCAUUGCUGUGAAAAUGUCUACUGGGAAGCUGGUAUGGUCAACCAAGCUGGAUCAUCACAACAGAAGUUUCAUCACUAUGUCUGGGACUUACCACAGGGGAGGAUUUUAUGUGGGAACAUCUUCAUUAGAAGAGGGCCUCCCAGUGGACCAAUGCUGCACCUUCCGUGGCAGUCUCGCCAGACUAGACGUCCAUACAGGAUCGAUAACAUGGCAGACCUUCAUGCUUCCUGACAACCUGGGAAAAAUGGGAGAGUACGCCGGCGCCGCUAUAUGGGGAAGCAGUCCUUCAAUCGACGUUUUUAGAAAUCUCGUCUACAUCGCCACUGGAAACCUAUACUCUGCUCCACUUCACAUCCAACAGUGCCAGGAAAAGGAGAACAAUCUAACGGUGCCCACUAAGCCAGACCAGUGUAUUGAGCCCGAUAACCAUUCGAACUCCAUCCUGGCCCUUGACUUAAACACGGGCAAGAUCAAAUGGUAUAAACAACUAGGUGGGUACGACGUCUGGUUUGGAGCUUGUAACUGGCACUUGGACCCAAGGUGCCCACCUGGGCCUAGCCCAGAUGCCGAUUUUGGCGAGGCUCCAAUGAUGUUGACUGUUUAUGUCAAAGGAGUUAAGCGGGAUAUUGUGGUUGCUGUUCAGAAGAGUGGGUUUGCUUGGGCUCUUGAUCGCGAUAAUGGCAGCAUAGUGUGGUCAAGGGAAGCAGGACCAGGAGGACUAGGUGGAGGAGGUAUGUGGGGUGCAGCCACUGAUGAAAGGAGAGUUUUCACUAACAUUGCCAACAGUCAAAAGAAGAAUUUCACUCUCAAACCAUCGGAAAACAUCACUGUCUCCGGGGGAUGGGUGGCCAUGGACGCUCGCAGCGGCAAUAUACUAUGGUCCACGGCUGAUCCUUCAAUGGCUACAGCCUCUGGCCCUGUUACAGUAGCUAAUGGUGUUGUUUUUGGAGGGUCUGCUUCUUCACAAGGACCCUUGUAUGCAAUGAAUGCCAAGACUGGAAAAAUUUUGUGGUCACAUGAUACAGGAGCCACCAUAUACGGCGGCGUUUCGGUCAGCGACGGAUGCAUUCACCUUGGAAAUGGUUACAAGGUCUUUGUUGGUUUUGUUAGGAACUAUACAGCAGGGAAGUCCCUCUAUACUUUCUGCGUUUAGUAAAGUGUAUUUGUUGAUUAUGGUCGCCUUUGUUUUUCACUAUCAAAUUAAGUAUUUCAUUCCCAUGCAUUACAUUUAUUUAUUGAUUUUCAGCUUUCGUUCAGUUAUUUUUGC